UUGUCAGCGCGCUUGCCACAGUAUCCGGCAAAUAUAAAUAUACCAUAUAAUACGUUGAAGAACUCGUGCAAGGGUUGAGUGUUGCGUUCGUGUUUACAGUUUUGUUUAUACGUGUGCGACUUGUGUGAAACUUUUAAUAUUAUAGUUAUGCAUGUGCUUUAAGGAACACACAACUGCAAAUUGAACUGCAAAAAGCUAAAUAAAAUAAAUAAAAAUCAAAAUAAAAACAAAAAGGAAGAGUGAGCCCGCGUCUAACUGUGUCAAUACAAUGUUGGAGUUUUAUCCAAUGCCCACAAACCUCAAUCAAGUCGGUGGCAGUUUAUAUUCGCUGCAGCAGAAUCAUGGCGGCGCACGUUUCCUGGACAGUCCCAGUGCAACGGCAAAUGUAAACAGCAGCAUGACAACUGCCUGUUUGCCCAACAGCAGCAGCAGCAGCAGCAGCAACAAUAAUGUCCACAGCAACAACAACAGCAAUUUGGCAGCAAACAUUUCCGGCAGCAGCAGCAACAACCCGACAGCAACAGCUUCAUUAACGGCAUCUGUAAUUUCCUCACAACAACAACAUCAACAACAGCAGCAGCACGCGGUCUCACCAGCGCCAAUUAACAGCUGCCCAACGCCCACAGGUCACAGUCCCAUCAGCAACAGCAACAACAACAACAACAACAACAACAGCAACAGCAACAACAAUAACAAUAACAACAACAGCAAGAGCCAAAACUCCGCCUGCAACACAUUAACAGCUGCUGCUGCCGCAACAACAGCAACAGCAGCCAUCUCUGUGCCAGCAGCAGCAACUGGAGCCGGCACCGCAGCCACGGCACUCUCGGCAGCGACGGCGUCGGCGUUGGCGCUGGCGUCAGCAUCGAAAUUGUCUGCUGAUUGCAGUGGACGCACAGAAGUGGGACACAUCAAAUGCGAGAAGAACUAUGAGCUGUGCGAGGGCUGCGGCCAGAAGAUACACGACCGCUAUCUGAUGAACGUGGGCGAUUCCAACUGGCACGAGCAGUGCCUGGCCUGCUGCUACUGCGGCAUGCAGCUGCACCACACUUGCUACGUGCGCAACUCGAAGCUCUACUGUAAGCUGGACUACGAUCGGCUGUUUGGGGUCAAGUGCGCUGCCUGCUGUCAUGCCAUAUUGCCGCAGGAGCUGGUGAUGCGGCCCAUACCCAACUAUGUAUUCCAUCUGCCCUGCUUCGUGUGCUACGCCUGCCGUCUGCCGCUCCAGAAGGGCGAACAGUUCAUGCUGCGGGACGGCCAGCUCUUCUGCUAUCGCCACGAUCUGGAGAAGGAGAUGUUUCUGGCGGCUGCAGCCGCACAGCACUGCGGCUUUGUUGGCCUGGACGAGGAGGAUCUGCUGCGGCCACGGGACGGCCGGCGCGGCCCGAAGCGACCGCGUACCAUACUGACAUCCCAGCAGCGCAAGCAAUUCAAGGCCUCGUUCGAUCAGUCGCCCAAGCCGUGCCGCAAGGUGCGCGAGGCGUUGGCCAAGGACACGGGUCUAUCGGUGCGUGUGGUGCAGGUCUGGUUCCAGAAUCAGCGGGCCAAGAUGAAGAAAAUACAGCGCAAGGCGAAACAGAAUGGCGGCACUGCGGGCGGCUCAGGCAAUGGGCGUGGCAACAGCAGUGCAGGCGCCUCAGAUGACAAGGACGCCAGUGAAAAGGAGGAGAAGUGCGUCAAACAGGAGCAUGGCGUGGACAAUGUGGGCGGCUUCCUGAGCGGCAUGGACAGCGCAUUUGCCAGUCAGCCGCUAAAUCCGAACUUGCCCUUCUCCCCGGAUGACUAUCCGGCCAAUUCGAAUGACAGCUUCUGCAGCUCCGACCUCUCGCUCGACGGCAGCAACUUUGACCAGCUGGAUGACGACGCCGACUCGCUAUCCCUGAACAAUCUGGAACUGCAGUCGACCAGUUCGUCGGGGAACCACAAUCAGCACUCGAAUCCGCACGACAUGCUGGCCAAUCUGAAUACGAGCCUUAUCAAUCCCAUCGACAAGCUGUAUCUCAUGCAGAACUCCUACUUCAGCUCGGACCACUAAGCGCCGGACACGGACACGGACACAGACAGAGUCGUAUCCAGACGAAUUUAUUAGCGUUAGAGUUGCGGGCUCCGGUAAGGAGCAUGUUGGUAGGCACUGUAACUCCUUAGUUAACGGCAACUAAGUCAUUUCGCCAGUUGGCUUUUUUUGGGAAAGUUGAGAUUUUAAGUAAAAAUGAUCAAAUGUGAUUUUUAAGCUAAACGAAGUUUUAAGAAAAUUGCAUUACAGCGAUAUAAACGAGACGUAAUGCAUUAAUUAUUGUUAGUUCGAACUAAGUAAAUAAGUAGAGAAACCGAAAGAUAAAAUCAA